AGGUCGCGCAUGUUUCCCCCCGGCACCCGUACCUAACCGGAACAACAAAAAAGCAUGAGAGCGCCGUAGAAAUGAAUGGGUGCAAAAUUUGUUUAUGUUGACAUUAACGUAUGAGUAACGUCGUCAUGUUUUCAGCGGACUAACACACGUAAGAAAAACUCACGAAUUCAAAGAUGGAGGGCGACAUUUUGGACUCGUUAGAGCAGCUCGGCUAUGAUGGUCCCUUGCUGGACGAGAAGGCGCUGCUCGGAGCCGCAGAGGGAGGCCUGUCCUCUCCAGAGUAUGUGGACCUAUGCAGGUGGCUGGCGUCCAGAUUGAAGCCGCUGUGUGACCUGGAGGAGAGCAUUACUUCCAGUCCAGACGACAUGGACAGCCUCCAGCUGGAGAUGAGCGGUCUGCUCAAAGAGCUGCACUGUCCUCAUGAAGCCGUCGUCUCAGGGAUUCUCAAGGGCAGCGUGCGGAGUACAAAAGAUCAUCUCAAGUUUGUGUUGUUUUUAAGCUCUGAGCUCCAGGCAGCUCAGAUUGUGAGGAGCAGACAAGUGUCUCACAAACACCAAGGAGAGAGUCCGGUGUGUCAGGAGCUGCAGGCCAUCUGUGAAACUCUGAACCUGUCAGAGCCCAGAGGACAGGACGCAGCAGGAGUCCUCUCUCAGGUCCAAGACAAGGUUGAGAAUGUACUAAAAGAUCUCCCAAAAGGUGUCACUGGAAACCCAGUGCUGAAGAAGUCUCUAAGCAGUGAACAGUGGGAGAAGCUGCACAACAUAAACACAGCUCUGUCUUCAGAGUACGAGUGUCGGCGCAGGAUGCUGAUCAAACGGCUGGACGUCACCGUUCAGUCUUUCGGGUGGUCGGACAGAGCCAAGGUGAAGGUGGACAGCAUGGCGAGGGCCUACCAGCCUAAGAGACACUCUCUGAGCCCUCAGUCCACGGUGGACAUGUCCGAGCUGCUGGCUGCCAGAGAGGACAUCUGCAAUGUGGUCAAGACCAGCAGCGGCUCCAGCAGGGAGAAGACGACCUGUGCUGUCAACAAGAUCCUGAUGGGAAGAGUCCCGGACAGAGGAGGACGUCCCUCUGAGAUACAGGCCCCGCCUCCUGAGAUGCCACCCUGGCAGAAAAGACAAGAUGGAGGAGGAGGAGGAGGUGGCUGGGGAGGCCGUGGCGGUGGAAGAGGAGGUGGCGGCGGCGGUGGUUGGGGAGGAGGUGGAGGAAGAGGAGGAGGAGGAGGCGGCGGUGGUUGGGGAGGAGGAGGUGGAGGAGGGAAUUGGGGAGGAGGUGGAGGAAGAGGAGGAGGAGGCGGCGGUGGUUGGGGAGGAGGAGGUUGGGGAGGAGGUGGAGGAAGAGGAGGAGGAGGAGGCUGGGGAGGAGGUGGAUGGAACCAAGGAGGACACGGUGGACAUGGGGGGAAAAGAGGACGGUACCAGUAUUAACUUCUGAUAUUCUCAUGUAGUUUUUUUUUUUAAAGUGAUCCGUGUGUCGUGUUCGACAUGAGCGCAGUUCCGUUUUCAGUGUUUUUUUUUACGGAGAGAGGAAAAACUUUUUUUUAUCUGAUGCCAGUGAACUUCUCUCAUGUAGAUGAUUUAUAAAGCUCCUAUUUUUACUUUUAUCAGUGUUUCAUUUUGCUUUUUUGUUGUAAUAUACUCAUGAGUGGGUUAAAGUGAAAAUACCAGUGAUACUAUGACAUCAUGACAAGUACUUUAUUGUACUAGAACAAAUGAUCUAACGUAUUUAUUGGGCCAUACACUGUAACUGUCCCAAAUCCAUAUCACACACUGAUUCUAAGGAGCUUUUCAGUAUGUGUUGUAAAUUAAGUCAACUUAAGACAGUCAGUAUAGGUCAUAGAACUUGAUUUAAGUGUUUUUGAACACCCCUGUUCUCCCACAAUGUGAAGCACAAUGGAAAUAGAGGAGCUGCUCACAACUGGAAUACUUUACCAACAAAAUGACCAUCUGUAUAUCAUUUACCGUGAAACACAAAACUGUUGCUCAGCUAAGAUGAGGAAAUACAAUCAAAUUGUUUAUUUAAGGCAGUAUGAAUAUUACUUAUAUGGAAAUUGGACUUCGAAUUACAUAUCAGUUAUGGAUCAUUCAUUUGAUCUAGCUCCGUGAGACAGCGCAUGAGAGAGAGGGAGUUAUUUGUUAUACGGCACCUGGCAUACUGACACAACACCACUUUAUCCCGUUAAAAUGAAGCUCACAGCUUGGAUUCAUUUUUAUAAAAAACCUUUUGAUGGAAUAUGAAGGAAUACAAACAACUUUCAGGGUAAUCAAGUUGACUAUAUGACCACUUGAGAGGUAACGUAGGGAGUCACCACUCUUGUUUACCAGGCCGGUAAAUCUCAGCAUUACUGUCUUCUUUGGUGCUGGUACCAGUUUCAGUAAAAUGAACUGAGCGAUUGAACUGUGGAGAAACUAGCUGAGCUAACAAUAUGUAGCAUCUCCAUAUUGACAGAAGUUUAAACAUUUAUAUUUGUAUAUGCGAUCUAAGCACCUAACUAAUGUUAGCUGAAGUAGGUAGCCAACAGCUUGUUUUAUACAUCCAAAGAACAUCUAUAAAAAUGAAAUGCAUGGCAACCAGAUUAAGUGUCUAACUGAGACAGGCGAUUAUUUGUCAAAAUGUGUAGCCACACCAGGUGUUAGACCGGGACUAGGCUUAUAAUUUAAGGUUUACAGUAGUCAUGCCAUGUCAAGUUGAAUUCAUGCACCUCCGUGGAAAACAGUGAACGGAUUUAUUAUUCACCGAGGACCACAUUUAACAACCACAAAACUGUAUCAGAACAUCAGUUUACGGUCUCUCACAAAUUCGUGCAGUAUAUUCCAAGUCUCAUUUAUCCAGUUGUAUGCUCAGGACUUCCCAAACACAUGCAUUUUCACUGAAAACCCUGGUAUUGUAGUCUGGCUUUAAAGAGAUCAUAGAUGAGUUUCACGUGCAGUUCAUUUUUAAAUAGUCAGGUUUUAGCGAAAAUGCAUGUGUUUGGGAAGUACUGAACAUACGACUAGAUAAAUGAGAUGUGGAUCAUACUGCAUGGGUCUAAGAGUUUGCAAACAGGUGUUUCAAUAUAGUUUUGCUGUUGUUAAAAUUGCUCCCCAGUAAAUCAAUAUAUUCAUCAUUGUCUGUGGAGGCUUGCAAGAAAAACAAAGUCUUCUUCACUAAUUGAUGUACAAAUGGUCACUUUGUGGGUGAAGUAUUCCUUUAAUAUGAAAAAAAAAUUACUAUGAAAAUUUUGGGAAAAAAUAACUGGUAAUGUAUGUUAUUACAAUAAGUUAUUUAUACUAAGAGGCUCUAAAAAUGAAUACUGUACACAGUUUGUAAUAUGGAAUAGACCCUUGUCACAGCAGACAUUUUGACAUGUAGGAAAAGCACAGGUGUAUUUAAUAACAUUAAUGAUGGCUGCUUUCCAUUUAGGGCAGGUCAUGGUACUGUGCAUACUGGCCCACAUAGGCCCAAUCCCAAACCACUCCCUACCCACUACCACUUCACUGCCGAGUGUCACUCCAAAUCAGGUUACACUCGCAGAUGCGGGGGCACUCCUGAUUAAAGGGAAGUGUAUGAAAGAGAAGCCAAACCAUGGGAUGGCUGCGCUACUCUACCGGAAGAAGGAAGCAGAUGUAACCAUGGAUACCGACAGGCACUUUGUGAAAGCAAAAUAGAGCAACAGGCUAUUAAAAAAACAUUUAAAUAUUAAUUAAAAUGAGUUAAAUUAAAAAUAAACUUGGAUAAGUCAGAUAAGAGAUACAGUGCAGUGGAAUCAAAGUAAUUAACUUGUUCAUGUUUUCUAGACACAGCUUACACAUUUACAGAUUAAUUCAUGUGGGCAGUCUUACCUCCAUCUCAGCUUUGCAGCAUUCCUCUUUUUAGUGAAGAGACUCUCAUUUUUAAUCCGUAGAUCGAUUAACUGCUUUGGUUUUUCAUCUGUCCCUGUGAACACAGAAUUAUAUAUUUUUUUUUACAAAUCAUGAGAAUGGGAUGAGGAAUUUUUUUGACAGUUUUAAAUAGUUUAUUUAAGCAUUUGGACAUGAAGGUUUUCAUUGUUUGACACCAGAAAUUCUGUGUGUUUGUUUGAGACUAAAGUCAGCGUGAGGAAAACAAAUGUGUGUGUUUGAUCUAAAAUAUUUUACAAAGUAGAAAGACGGAACUCUUACAUUUGUACGUUGUUUCCUCCAUUGUGAUGUUGCGCUUCCUGCUGGGCUCAUCAGAAGCCUGCACUGAUGCACACUCGCUAUCCAAGGGCUGAGCAGUCCACUCGCACUCAGCGAUAACUGGUUUGGGACAGCCCUUAAUAUGGCAGAGCAAACAGAGGGGGAGUGAAUAGGGUGAGGGGAUAGAGGCUGGUUUGGAAUUGGGCCUUAAUGUAACUGAGCCAUCGUUAAUGUUCUCAGUUUCACUUGUGCUUUUCACUUGUGCGAGUCAAAAUGUCUGCUGUGAAAAAGGUCUACUGAGACACAUCUUGCAUUUUUGACAAGGUCAGGGACAAAAACACUACAAUUUUUUUUUUAACAACAUAAAAUAGGAGUUUGUCACCGUGAACAUUUUGUUUUGAAAGUGCAUGUAGUUGAAGUGUUAGAGGGAUUUGUAGAUGGAGUAAAGGAUGUUGGAGAUGAUGGUGUAGUCAAGCAAUCUUUCCCUGGCUGAAGAGGCAUCAGUGUGCACCCUGAAGAUUAAAACCAGGGUUACCUGUUAGAGAACGAGCUGAGGACACUAUAGAGAGUGAACUGAGGAUACACUCUCUUUGUAAACCUGUAUUUUACUAUGUCAGACUGAAACUGUCAGCUCUCGCCUCAUUUGCUCUAAGAUUCUGCACCAGCUGUGAUCCUUUGUCACCUCUGAAUUUAUCCAAUAAAGACCUUUUCCAAUGA